AAGAGGCGGAGACGUAUAGAUCGCAGUAUGAUCGGCGAGCCAACCAAUUUUGUCCACACGGCCCAUGUAGGCUCUGGAGAUCUCUUCACUGGCAUGAACUCUGUAAACUCCAUUCAGAACCAAAUGCAGUCAAAAGGAGGGUAUGGAGGAGAGGCGCUGUCUGUUAAUGUACAGAUGCAGCUGGUGGAUACAAAAGCAGGAUAAUGUGUGCUGUUGGAAGGGGUUCCAUGAUGUGCAUUUUCUGCUCGGCGGUUCCCCUCCAACAUCUUCCUAUGUGCCCUCAAUGGCAACUUUUCACCUCAUUCUUCUACCUAGCAAACACAUGGACAGUUGUGCACUCCAUGGUAAAGAGGUCGUCCUGGCCAUCGGACAUCAGGAUGCCACAGUGCUUUAGUGUUGUGUCCGUUUCUGCUCCAUAACAGACGUUCGCUCGCAUGCCUCUCAACGCUCACCAGCCUACAAGUGCAACUUGUGUCCCUGCUUAAUCCUGUUGUUUGCUGUAAACUCUCGCUUUUUCCAUCAUGCGUGUUUUAUUUUUGUGGGUCCAGAACCGGUGAGAACAGGGUCGGUUCUCAUUCGCUUGCCGUGAAAAGACUGCUUUUUAUUUUUUUGGUUUCAAUAAAUCAACACGGAGCCGACAACAAUGUUUGUAAAGGAAAGUGCAGUGCCAAAACUGCUCAGUGCAAUGGAAAGUACUUUGUGUUUCAGCAAGAGCACAACAAAUGCCAUUUUUUUAAGGAAGCGUGAUUCUUGCUUUGCUGUUUACAGUGUCUGAUUUGCAUUUCCUGUUUCUUGUCCCUUGUUUGUUUUCAUUAGAGUUCAAAUCUGAUGUUGAAAGGCAUGAGUGGCAUUUCACCCUCUGCUCUGCUGUGUCGAUGUACACCCGUAACUUGACGUGAAGCAACUCGAGCUAUAGAUAGUGUACAGAUAAAAUGUAUAAAAAAGAUUUUGUUUAGGUCUAGUGCUUUUUAUUGAUGUAGCUAUUAUGAUUUACAGGGUUUUCAAUGAAUAAGGUAAGAACACCUCUGACGGGAGUUUAAGUAAACUCAUUCAAGUAGCAUGGCCGUAAAAUAUUGUCCAGUUUAUAAGGCCGUCUUUACACUGAAAGAGGCAAUUCUGAUUUUGUCCUCUUAUGUGGCACAGAUCGAAUAUGGCCCUCUCACAGUUGAAGUCAGAAUUAUUAGCUCUCUUGUGAAUUGUUUUUUUCUUUUCUAAAUAUUUCCAAAAUUAUGUUUAACAGAGCAAGGAAGUUUUCACAGCAUUUCCUAUAAUACGAUUAUGAUUAAACUAUCCCAGAGCGCCAUCUGCUGGUAUAAACUAGCCCAGAGCACCAUCUGCUGGUAGAAAUGAGCCCAUCUGCUGGUAAAAAUUAUCCAAGAGCAGCAUCUGAUAGUAAAAACUAGCCCAUCUGUUGGUAAAAACUAGCCCAAAGCACGAUCUUCUGUUACAAAACUAGCACAGAGCGCCGUCUGCUGUUAAAAACUUGCCUAGAGCGUCAUCUGCUGUUAAAAACUAGCACAGAGCGCCAUCUGCUGUUAAAAACUAGCACAGAGCGCCAUCUGCUGUUAAAAACUAGCACAGAGCGCCAUCUGCUGUUAAAAACCAGCACAGAGCACCAUCUGCUGUUAAAAACUAGCACAGAGCACCAUAUUCUGUCAAAAACUAGCCCAGAGCACUGUCUGCUGUUAAUAACUUGGCUCGAGCGUCAUCUGCUGUUAAAAACCAGCACACAGUGCCAUCUGCUAUUAAAAACUAUACCAAAGCGCCCUCUGUUGUUAAAAACUAUCCCGGAGCGCCAUUUCCUGGUAAAAACCAGCCCAGAGCACCAUCUGCUUGUAAAAACUAUUCCAGGGUUUAAUCUGCUGGUAAAAACCAGCCCAGAGCACCCUCUGCUGUUACAAAACUUGCCCAGAGCGUCAUCUGCUGGUAAAAACAAGAUCACCACGUCCCCUAAAGCGCUCCAUGCUAAAAUACACAAGGCCAACAGAAAUAUAUUGCCUGCUUAUAUUGGCCAUCUAAUUGAUCUGAUCUGAUAGUUGAUCAACUGAAAUAUUAUGAAAAUAUUAAACAGGUACCUUAUUUAUUGAAAAACCUCAAUGUUAUAAAGUCACAGACUGAAUUCUGGGGUCCUUUCUGUUGCCUACUAUUGUAGAUUAACUCAGAAGCUGUUUUAGAACAUAUGUUUUGUUUUUAAUAGACACUGUUGCAUUCUCUCGAAAAUACCAUGUUGAAUCUCAUAAAACUUGUCAAGUUCUGAAGUUUUGAUUGUAUUUAAUUCCAAGAAAAAGAAAGUUAAAUAUAUUUCAAAUUAGAAAAUAAGAUAUUUGCAUUGAGAAGCUCAUUGGUUAGCACUGUUGCCUCACAGCAAGAAGGUUGCUAGUUCAAGUCCUGGCUGGGCCAGUUAGCAUUUCUGUGUGGAGUUUGCAUGUUCCCUCCGUGUUUGCCUGGGUUUCCUUCGGGUGCUCCAGUCUCCCCCACAGUCCAAAGACGUGCGCUCUAAGUGAAUUGGGUAAACCAAAUUGACCGUAGUGUAUGAAUGUGAGUUUGUAUGGGUGUUUCCCAGUACUGGGUUGUGGCUGGAAGGGCAUCCGCUGCGUAAAACAUAUGUUGGAACAGUUGGCGGUUCAUUCCGCUGUGGCAACCCCUGAUAAUCAGGGACUAAGCCGAAGGAAAAUGAAUGAAUCACAUCCUUUUCUUAUUACUGUUAGUGGUUUCAAGGGAUAGUUCACACAAAAUUGAAAUUUCAGUCAUCGAUUGCUAAUUCUCUACUUGUUUCAAACCGGUUUGAGUUUGUUUAUUCUGUUGAACACAAAGAAAGAUGUAGAAAUGCUGAAGAAUCAAGAAAAGUAGCCAUUGACUUCCAUACUGUUCCUACUAUGUUUUUUUCCCGCCAAAAUUCUUCUCAAUAUCUCAUUUUGUUUUCAACAGAUGAAAGAAACUCUUAAAAGUUUAGCACUUGAUUGAGGAAACAGUGAGAGAAUUUUCAUUUUUGGGGUGAACUGUCCCUUUAAAAGUGUGCUGAACAUUGAAAAAUAAUAUCAUUAUGCAAAUAUACACUUUAAAUUCCAGAAACGGCUUAUUUUUGUGAGAUUUGUCUAAUGAAUUAGAAUUAAACAGGCAGUUUAAUUAGAUUUUCAGCUAUUUUCAUCCAUUUAGCUGUGGGUUAACAUACAAUCAACUUCAGUUCUUUACUCAGGUCAAGAUUAAAACAGAUGUGAAACUUUUUUCUUGUGAAAUCUUCAUGAAUCCAGUAUUGCCGAUGCCAUAACAAAAGCAAAAAUUUCAAUUCUAUAAGACAAAAGUCAAAUAUAUGUCAGUAUUUUCAUAAACAGUGGAAAAACUGGGUCUAUUAUUUCAUUUUUGACCGAAUCUGGGUUAUGAAUUAUAUAUAUAUGAAAAAGUUUAAAUUAUGAUCCUUACUUGUUUGGUAUUUCAUGCUAUUUAAGGCCUGCUGUGUCUUUGUGAAUAAUUGCCAGAUGAAAAUGUAGAAUUAUGGAAUAUUGGCUUUGAGAAAGUCAAAAAGUCACUUGUGUUUGGUUCUAGAAAUGCAAGCAUACAUUCCCGUGUAGAUUUGAAUAAGGAAUGCUAAAUGUGUCUGUGCAUUGGUCCCUGUUAUCUGUUGUCUUUUUUCUGAAGUGCUUUAUGUUUGUAUAUAUCUGCACACUGUUUGCCAUCACCAUACCUUAAAUUAUUUCCCUGUUUUGCUACUGUUGUGUCUCGUUUGUUUUUACUGGCAUGUUUCCGUCUUUGACUUAUUAAAAACAAAACGUGCCGCUA